AUGGCCGGCGUUGCCGACGCCGCCGCCGCGCCGGGCAGCGGCGGGGAAGGGCGGCAGGACAGCGGCCGCGGGGAGCCGAAAACUCUCUGGGGGAGCAGCGAGCCGCGGCCGCCUCCCGCCGGCCCGGGGCAGCCGUCCCCGCAGCAGCGAACGGAGACGUUGGGCUUCUACGAGAGCGACCGGGGCAGGAAGAAGAAGCGGAGCCUCUCGGAUCUUUCCUUGCUGAGGUUCAUCAGUGCCGAGCUGACCAGAGGUUAUUUCCUUGAGCACAAUGAGGCAAAAUACACAGAGCGGCGGGAGCGAGUGUACACGUGCAUGCGGAUACCUAAAGAGCUGGAAAAGUUGAUGUUUUUUGGAAUCUUUUUGUGCCUGGAUGCUUUUCUGUAUGUGUUCACCCUGCUUCCUUUGAGAGUUUUUCUGGCAAUGUUCCGGUUCAUCACUUUGCCUUGCUAUGGCUUACGCUCUCAUCGGGGCCUAACAGCAAGUGACAGACGUUUGCUACAACCUGCUCAGGUAUGUGACAUGCUCAAAGGAGUGAUACUGGUCAUCUGCUACUUCAUGAUGCACUAUGUUGACUACUCUAUGAUGUAUCAUCUGAUAAGGGGACAGUCUGUCAUAAAGCUCUACAUCAUCUAUAACAUGCUUGAGGUGGCUGAUCGUCUGAUUUCUUCAUUUGGACAAGAUAUUUUGGAUGCUCUUUACUGGACAGCUACAGAGCCUAAGGAAAGAAAAAGAGCUCACAUAGGUGUGAUUCCUCACUUCUUCAUGGCAGUGUUCUAUGUCUUCCUGCAUGCUAUUCUCAUAAUGGUUCAAGCAACAACCCUUAAUGUGGCCUUCAACUCGCACAAUAAAUCACUGCUUACCAUCAUGAUGUCCAAUAAUUUCGUCGAAAUAAAAGGAAGCGUUUUCAAGAAGUUUGAGAAGAACAAUCUUUUUCAAAUGUCAAAUAGUGAUAUAAAGGAGAGGUUCACUAAUUACGUGCUGCUACUAAUUGUAUGUCUAAGAAAUAUGGAACAGUUCUCAUGGAAUCCAGAUCACUUUUGGGUGUUAUUCCCGGAUGUUUGCAUGGUGGUUGCUUCAGAAAUUGCAGUGGAUAUUGUGAAACAUGCCUUUAUAACAAAAUUCAAUGACAUCACGGCAGAUGUCUACAGUGAAUACAGAGCCAGUCUUGCAUUUGACCUUGUUAGCAGUCGACAGAAAAAUGCAUAUACAGAUUAUAGUGAUUCAGUUUCCAGAAGAAUGGGUUUCAUUCCUCUUCCACUGGCUGUUUUACUCAUCAGAGUCGUAACAAGCUCAAUAAAAGUACAAGGAAUCUUAGCUUAUGUUUGUGUUGUGCUGUUCUACUGUGGGUUAAUAUCUCUCAAGGUCCUUAACAGCAUUGUACUGCUGGGGAAAUCAUGUCAAUAUGUAAAGGAAGCAAAAAUGGAGGAGAAAUUAUUCAAUCCUAUCCUGACUGCCACCCCAGGGAAGCCAGCUGGCAAACAGCAAGGCACAUUUAAAUCUACCCAAGGAAUUUCCACAGAUGAAAACGGUUCUACAUCAGUUACCAAUCAACCAGUGCAUCAGAAGGAGAAUAUGCCAUCUUUACUUGUAACAAGCAAUUCUGAUCAAUUUCUGACAACUCCUGAUGGAGAAGAAAAAGAUAUAAGCCAAGACAGCUCAGAAUUAAAACACAGGUCUGCAAAGAAAGACUUGUUGGAGAUAGACAGGUUUACUAUUUGUGGAAACAGAAUUGACUAAGAAUUUAUUUUUUUUGAAAUCUAUGUGCUAAGGAUACUGAGCUGUUGGGACAGCAGAUGCUACCAGAAUGGACAGUUGCCAAAAGGCAAAUAAAUAUUUAUUUAAAAACUUAAAUUAUUAAUGGCAAAAAAGUUAUUAAUUUCUUUCUACAAGUAACUUGGCUUGGUAUCUGGUCAGGUCAAGGAAGUGAUCUUUAACUUGCCUCUUGGAAAAUGUGGUGGAUCGUGAGUCUCUAGCCUGGUGGCAGAGCUGCAGUAUCACUUUUCUGGAACACAGACUGGAAAAAAGCAUAACCCUGUUCUGCAUUAUGCAACCAUGCUUCCAGAACACUAUUUGUCAUGAAGGUUCCUCCAGUGUAAGGAUAUUCCUGGAAAUGUUUGGUGACUUGACCGGAAGCUUGCCUAUCCAGUUACCGUGUUUUAUUAAACAUCUGCAAGCAGAAUUCCAAACUCGUGCUUAUAUCAACAAACACAUAAAGCAUUGGUACAUAAAACAGUAAGUCAAGACAGUUAUUCUUGUCAACAAAAAUAUUUUCAAGAUGUAUCUUGAAAAUCUUGUAAUCAGAAUAAAAUUUUGCCUUUAAGUGAAA